UAAAUUACAGUAGGCUAAGCUGACUGUAUAGACUAGAGGACCAUAGAGAGGCUAUAGAUACUUACAGAAGACAAGAGAGAGAGAGAGAACACCACAUUAUGUUCAUGACACAGACAAAAGCAGCAGCAGCCUUUGGAAAUUGGUAACGUCGAUUCAGCUGUUUAGGGGGGAAAAUUCAUCAUUCACAACAACAACUGCGACCCACAACACAUGCCAGAGAAGGGUUUUGCUGCUUCCGAGGAAAGUGAAGAAGAGAAAAAGAAACGAAGAAAGAAAACUGGCCUUGUUAGGUGUUCACCACCGUGGAUUCUGUAACCGAAACCUUAAGCAGCCAAACAGUUAAAGCCACAAUUGCAUGAGAUAAUUUCCGGGGCAGUUCAGUUCAGUUCAGCUUCGUUACAGAAAAAGAAAAGAAAAGAAACUACACUCAAUCAUCAUUACUCCUGUGUAAGUGUAACUGUCUUGUCUGCCUAGCACUUUUUCUCUCUUUCCUAUUCAUGGGAUUAUCUAUUAUGGCUGCGCAGCUGCCCUGAGCUUUUCCCUCUGUUUUUCUCUCUCUCCUACGACGUCGUUCUUCAAUGGAGCCUAAUCUCACCGCUGCCGCCAAUUCUCAGUCGGAAACGGGUGUGGGAGAUGAGGAUCUGUAUACGAAGCUAUGGAAGCUGUGUGCAGGACCUUUGGUGGAUGUUCCUCGUUCUGGGGAAAGAGUUUUCUACUUCCCUCAGGGUCACAUGGAACAAUUGCAAGCUUCAACAAAUCAGGAACUGAACCAGGAACUGAGUCAGCAAAUCCCCCUCUUCAAUCUCCCCUCCAAGAUUCUCUGCCGUGUUGUGCACAUUCAGUUGUUGGCUGAACAAGAAACUGAUGAAGUUUAUGCUCGUAUAACUCUGCUUCCGGAAGCAAAUCAAAAUGAACCGACUAGUCCCGAUCCAAGUGUACCCGAGACCCAAAAACAGACCUUUCACUAUUUUAGCAAGAUAUUAACUGCCUCUGAUACUAGCACACAUGGAGGCUUUUCAGUUCUGAGAAGGCAUGCUACGGAGUGCCUGCCUCAAUUGGACAUGACCCAAACAACCCCUACCCAGGAAUUGGUAGCAAAGGAUCUUCAUGGGUUCGAGUGGAAGUUUAAACAUAUAUUCAGAGGUCAACCAAGGAGGCACUUACUCACAACUGGCUGGAGUACAUUUGUCACAUCCAAAAGACUGGUUGCUGGAGAUGCUUUUGUGUUUUUAAGGGGAGAGGAUGGGGAGCUGAGAGUUGGUGUGAGACGUCUCGCUCGGCAGCAGAGUCCCAUGCCUUCGUCUGUGAUAUCGAGCCAGAGCAUGCAUCUUGGAGUGCUUGCCACUGCUUCUCAUGCUGUUUUGACUAGUACCAUGUUUGUGGUUUAUUACAAACCCAGGACUAGCCAGUUUAUUAUUGGUGUGAACAAAUAUUUAGACGCAAUCAACAAUAAGUUUUCAGUUGGCAUGCGUUUCAAGAUGAGAUUUGAGGUGGAGGACUCGCCUGAAAGAAGGUUCUCUGGUACUAUUGUUGGGGUUGGGGAUGUAUCUCCAGGAUGGCCAAACUCUCCUUGGCGUUCAUUGAAGGUGCAAUGGGAUGAACCAGCAAUAAUUCCGAGGCCAGAGAUGGUUUCUCCGUGGGAGAUAGAGCCUUUUGGUGCUUCUACUGCUUUAAAUGUCGCUCAACCUGCAGUAAAGAGCAAAAGGUCGAGGCCUGCUGAGGUUUCAUCUGAAAUUGCUCCAAAUUCUCUUGCUCCAGCUUUCUGGUAUCAUGGACCAUCCUUAUCCCACGACCCUACACAAUUAGGUAGCGCUGCAGAAAACCAAAGUAAUGAAAACCCAGUUGUCUGGUCUUCGAGGCAGAAAGAAAUUAAUGGCAAUCCUGUGAAUGCUAACUCCAGCAGCUCCAAAGUACGUGCAGAAGGAAUGUGGUCUUCUUCCCCACAUUUGAAUGCCUCUUGUAACUUUUUUCCUGACCCUAAAAACAACAAAGCUGUUGCAACACAAUUAUCCGUCUCUGGUAGUUACCCUCCGGUUUCAUCUGAGAGGAAUGAUGACUUGGCACAUGAUCCAGUGGAAAGUGGUAAAAAGACUGAGAAUCCCAUGGAUUGCUGGGUAUUUGGAGUUAAUUUGACUAACAACUUUACUAAUGUUACCCUUCCGGAGAAAGAAAUUGGAUGUCCAGCUAUUAUUCCCAGUGGUCCCAAAGAUUCUAUUGCUGUUGCUGCAUGUGAAACUGAGGCUGCUCAGAAUCCCAAUUAUUCACUGUCCAAUAAGGAGCAGAUGCAAGUUAUUUCUGAUGCAUCACCCAAUGAGAAGCAGACCAAGCAGGCCACUAUAGUACCAUCCAUGAGGACCAGGACCAAGGUGCAAAUGCAAGGUGUUGCUGUUGGUCGUGCUGUUGACCUGACUGUGUUAAAAAAUUAUGAUGAUCUCAUAGACGAGUUAGAGAAAAUGUUUGACAUAAAGGGAGAGCUUCGUGUGCAAAACAAGUGGGCAGUUACUUUUACUGAUGAUGAAGAUGACAUGAUGCUUGUUGGCGAUGAUCCAUGGCCUGAGUUCUGUAGCUUGGUGAAGAGGAUUUUCAUAUAUUCAAAGGAAGAGGUAAAGAAGAUGAAAUGCAAGCAUUCUGCUGCUUCAUCAGAGGGUGAAGGGACUAUGUUGAGUCCAGAUUCACAGAAUAAGGAUGAGACUCAGCAAAUCUCUUGCGAUUUGACAGCUUAACCUUUUUACUUUUUUUGUUUGUUUUUGAGGGGGAACGGUUUGGGGUAGGGUGCUCUUGAUGGUUUGGAUUGCUUGAUUAUAUAAAGCUUCAAAAUUGUAGAAUAGUGGACGUGUGUUCGUGGACUAAUAUAAUAUUAAAGUACAAAAACUUCAGCUGGAUUUUAGGUACUUUAUAUUUGUGAAUACAAUUUUUUUUCUUCGUACCAUUUGCGUUAAGUAACAUGCAUGCCUUUUGCUUCU